UUCGUCUUCUUCUGAUAUUACGCAAGAAGCCAAUCGUGUAGCCUUGCUAUCAUAUUCAAUUGAAUUUUCAGUAACAUUUCAUCGAAAAAAUGUUACGAUUUGUGGGAAAACAAGCAAAUAAUAUCAUAAGAAAUUCUCUACUACCACGCGCUACAGUUGUAAGUCGAAAUGUUCGUGCCUCUCACGAUGGCCCAGAAGAAAGUGAGGAGGAAUUCAAUAAGCAAUACGUGAGUUAUCUAAGUCGCCCAAAUCUCGAUCACUGGGAAAUUCGCCGAGUUUUUAACAAAUUAGCUGGUUUAGAUCUUGUACCAGAUCCAGUUAUUAUUUGUGCUGCAUUAAGGGCUUGCAGGAAACUGAACGAUUUUGCUCUUGCUAUCAGGAUUUUGGAGAUGGUAAAGGAUAAAUGUGGAAGCAAACUAAACGAAAUUUAUCCUUACAUUUUACAAGAAAUCAGACCUACAUUAGAUGAAUUAGGUAUCAACACCCCAGAAGAGCUUGGUUAUGAUAAGCCUGAAUUAGCGCUUCAAUCCAUUGAUGAUAUACAUUAAUUAUUGAUUCUAAAUUAAUAAACAUAGUAUCUACGCUUA